GGCCGGGGGGGAGGCGCGGAGGGGAAGCCCGCGGCGCCCGCCUCCGAGAGGGGCCCAGCCCCGCAGCCGCCGUCGCUGCCGCCGCCGCCCGCGAGGAGCGGGUCCCGCCGGCGGGUCCGGGCGUCCGCGCGAGUCCGAGCCGGCGCGGGAGCCGGAGUCCGAGCGGGAGUCCGGGCGGGAGCCGGGCCGGGCGCGGUGGGCGCCGCCCGCCAUGGACCACAAGCCCCUGCUGCAGGAGCGGCCGCCCGCCUACAACCUGGAGGCCGGCCAGGGCGACUUCGCGUGCGGCCCGCACGGCUACGGUGCCAUCCCCGCCGCGCCCCCGCCGCCGCCCUACCCCUACCUCGUCACAGGGAUACCCACCCACCACCCCAGGGUCUACAACAUCCACAGUCGAAAUGUCACCAGGUAUCCUGCCAAUUCUAUCGUUGUCGUUGGAGGCUGCCCGGUCUGCAGAGUCGGGGUUCUGGAGGACUCCUUCACCUUCCUGGGCAUCUUCUUGGCCAUCAUCUUGUUCCCGUUUGGGUUCAUCUGCUGUUUUGCCUUGAGGAAGCGAAGAUGCCCCAACUGUGGAGCAAACUUCACUUAAAGGGAACAACACACCUGGCUUUCCUACAUCCAGCUGUCUUUUUCUAAUGUAAAUGUCGUGUACAGUAGCUUUAUUUGAUUAAGCUUCCAGGACUGUUUUGUAAAGUGAGGCGGGACAGACGGCGUGCGCGUGAGCUGCGGUUUCGUGGGGCGCAGGGGUCACGGCGUGGGGACGCAGCAGCACUGCUUCGGGGUGAAUGACAACUCAAUAAAGCACUGCUUCUAUUUUUUGCAGUCUUCAAUUUGAGAAAGGUGAGAAAUACUGUUUUAAAUAAAUGAGAUUCAUACCAUUGUUGACCUGGUUCUGCCUGGUGUGCACACUGCCACUUGUAUAAAUAAACUUGUGUGGACGUUGGAAA